AUGGGCCCUACGAUUGAAGGGAGCGACAAUGAACCACAAGACGAUGAGCUAGACUUGCGCGACCCUGGCUCUGAUGUCGAUGUCGGUGCUAAUGCUGAUAUAGAUGAGCAGGAUGAGAGUGAACUUAUUGGUACGGGGGAGGAUGGAGAUACUCCUGCGCCUGAAGGAGGGGAUGACCAGGCACAUGAUGACGAUCUUGGUUCCGUCUCAAGCGGUCGCGACACGUCUGCGGCGGAAGCGGGGGCUUCAGGCUCGGUAUCUGAUGGGGGCGAGGGACGGUCGAGGCAGCGUUCAAUGGAGCCCAUUCAUGAUAGCGUAGAGGAUUUGGGAUCCAUACCAGACGAUACACCGUCGGUUCAGGACUCACUCGUCUCCUCUCCAGGAAGCAGCGCAUUGGCGCAUCGCGGGUCGUCUUCGAACCUAAGUCCCGUCCCCCACCGCCCAUUCGAUCGCAGAUUCCAAUCUAGACUCUCUGUCUCUUCGAUACCGCCUAGCAAUCGCUCAGUCUCUCCGGCUCUUAGUCUUGCACAUUCUCGAAACUCAUCUCUGGCCAGUCACCUUCGUUUUGACAGUAGUACCCCCGAGCUCCCCGAGGAAGAUUCAGAACCAGCGCCGUGGGAAGUUGUUCGAUGGACAAAAUUGAAGAAGAUAGCUGGCCAGGUAUUUUCUGAAGUCGGUAAGAGGAAUUUUGGUAGGCCGACGUGCACUGCUGUGUCCACGUCGAUUGUGUUAGGGACAACCAAGGGUGUUAUCCUGGUCUUUGACUAUCAGCAGAAUCUAAAGUCUAUUAUUGGACCUGGGACUAAAGGUGAGGCUAAACAGAUGAUAUUUUUUCUCUUCCGUACUUGGUAUCAGCUAAUUGAUUUCUCUCUAGCUGUUUCGUCGGGUUCGAUCACUGCUUUAGCUAUCUCUGCUGACCACUCAACGCUGGCUGGAGGUCAUGCGGAUGGAACUAUUUUCACCUGGGAAAUUGCGCGACCCGCACGACCCUUUCUGCAUAUGCCACCAAUUCCCAGGGACCAGCUUGACUCACGUCGAGCUGAUGGCCAUGUUGCUGGUGUGUCUGUAAUUCACAUCGGAUUUUUAGGGACUAGACACACCGCUCUUGUCUCCGCUGAUGAUAACGGAAUGGCCUUCUCACACCUCGCAACUAGAGGAAUGGGAGCUGUAGGACGGGUAGUAAGAACUACACGUAUUUUAGGCCGGUACCCCGAGCUCUUACCGUCCGCCAUUGUCCGAAAACCUAGCUCCGUUCUCGCAUUCUCUCCUCUUCCUCUAGGAAACGUCGACCAACCAACUGACUCAUUAGGGCUAGUUGCGAUGCUUACACCAUAUCUAUUGGUGAUUGUUUCCACCACACCCGUUGCUAGAACUCAGUAUAAAUCAGGACGGCCCAAAGAACUUGCUGCGCAUAGUGCAUUGACGGCAACAUUAGCAUGGUUCCCAGCUAUAAAGCUUAAAGGAAAAGACUCAGAAGUAUCCAAGACGAAACUCGUGUACUGCUGGUCAAACGUGCUCACAAUCUUGGAUGUUGAUGAAAACAAGCAAACAGACGACAGUGACAGAGAUAGGCCUGUCAGCCUCAGGUUCAAGCCACGAUGUAGGUGGAGGGCAGAUGAAGCUAUUGUUGCUGUGCAAUGGAUAAGCCGUUCAGUUCUCGCUGUGAUGACAAUUACUCAGCAGCUCCUUAUCUUGGAAGAUAACUCUCUCCGGGUCACUGAUUCAUCAGACUUGAUUCAUAAACACAUUUAUCACGUUGAUUUAUUUUCGAGGCAACUCCACACGCUUAUCGAGCAACUCGAUGAUGAUGACGAUGAGAAUAAUGAGCAAGAUCAAUCCAUGCACGGUGUGAUUGCUGAUGCCUUCUAUAUGAGUUUUCGAGCAUACAAAGGCCGCCUGUUCCUACUAGGAUUCAACGAUAUCUGCGUAGGCAGUCUGUCAAACUGGGCCGAUAGAUUACUAGCAUUGGUUGAAAGUGGUGAUUUUAUUGGGGCCAUCCGACUUGCUACGUCGUUUUAUACCGGACGUUCCGAGAAACUAACCGUCGGGCUUCCUGAAGAAGAUGAAUUACGACACCAAGUCGUACAGGAAAAACUCCUUGAAAUGAUGUCCGCCUCCCUCCGUUUUGCCUUUGGGAAAAAUGCCGAGUCAGAUAUUGAGCGCCUUCAAAAGUCACAGUUAAGUGACUUGGCUGAUGCGUGUAUAUUUGCUUGCGAAGCCAUGGACAACCAUGAGUUCCUAUUUGAAGAUGUCUACUCCUGGUAUGAGGAAUGUGAAGCCUAUGGUGUUUUCAUGGAUGCGUUGGAACCAUAUAUUAUCAAGGGCAGUGUGCGGGCCCUCCCACCAACAGCCGUGAAGUCCUUAAUAUCGCAUUUCGUAACGACACAUACCGCCAGCCGACUUGAAGAAAUCAUCUGCCUCCUAGAAACAGACACGAUGGACAUAGACCAAGUGACAAGCUUAUGCAAAAAGCAUAAUCUUUACGAUGCGUUCAUAUACGUUUGGAACCGUGCUUUGCACGAUUACGUCAGUCCUCUUCAGGAGUUACUCAAUCUCGUACGCAAGCACAAGAUACAGGAAUCAGGUACCGAUAAAGAUCCAGAGGUAGUAGCAAAGGAUCAUGCCAAUGCAUCGAGGAUGUUUCCCUAUCUAUCUUACAUCCUUACAUCUCGCGUAUACCCAACUGGCGAUGAACUGGAAGAGCAUGAAGCUUUAUCCGCUAAAAACGAGGUUUAUAAACUCUUGUUUUCAGGGAAGCCUGGUCGUGGUGAUGGGCAUGGCAAUGAUUCGUCACCUUUCCAAAGCCUUCGAAUGAUGCUCGAAUUUGACACGCCAAGUUUUAUGAUCAUGCUAAACGAAGCAUUUGAAGAUAGCUUUCUCAAUGACCCAGUUGAUCAGUGGAAUAACGGCGAGCAUGCAAAAUCAGCUGAUGGUUCUUCUAUAAAUCGUCAAUAUUUAUUAAGGAUCCUGCUUGAAGUCAUGGACUCGAAUUCUUCCGACUUCGGCCCUAGUGACACUAUCUAUCUUGACAUGUUUAUUGCUCGAAAUCUCCCCAAAUACCCCCAGUAUAUACUCCUCUCCGGCUCAACCCUACAACAAGUUCUGGUUAGGCUCUGCCAGUAUCCCAGUAUCGAAAUGCUUGAUGAUUGCCAACUGUCUGCAGAAUAUCUGUUAUCAACAUAUCAUCCUCCUGAUAUCCAAGCCCUGAUUCCCUUGUUCAAGGAGGCAAAAUUCUUCCGAAUUCUGAAAUCAACAUAUAGAACCGAGAAGAGGUAUUCAGAUUUGCUACGAACAUAUAUCGCAGACCCAGAGGAUCAACAGCAUGUGUUUGUCUGCAUCCGCGAUUAUUUACGGCCAAGCUCUUCUCUUACUAAGAAGCAGCGUCGAGAUAUCCUGACCACGAUGGAAGAGAUUGCAAAGGACUUGGCCUCAAUAAAUAUAUAUGAGACUGCACAUACUGUUCAGUCAUUGGCACCCGAGUUACAUCAGAAAUUCCUCCAAUCACUUCAAGAUGACUCUGCAAGCCAAUAUGAAUAUUUGCAUACGAUCAUUGAAGAUGAGCAGAAACCUAGAACAGACACCAGAUCCGCGGAUACUGUUAACCACGAGCUUCUUGAGAAAUAUCUCCAAUUAAUGUGCCAAUAUAACCCUUCCCAUGUUGCCGAUUUUAUUAAUUUGACAAAGGUAGGGGAUCUUCAGCUUGAAGCUGUUAUCCCUUACAUCGAGAACAGUGGCAUUGUGGACGCUGCAGUAAUCCUUCUUGCAAAACAAGGGGAAGUUACCAAUGCCAUGGAAAGGCUGACAAGGCAUCUAUCAACGUUAGAAGCCGGCCUGUGUGGCCUUCUGCAGAAUGCUGACGAUACCCCUGACUCAGCAAAUGCAGCUGAAGCGGUGACCGACCUAAUUCUCUCGGUUGAAAAAUAUACCCAAGUCGGUACAUGGCUCUGCAAAGAACAAAGCAAGGCUGCAAGAAGGGUCCAUGAGGGAGGCAAAUUCAAUAAAAGGGGAAGCUCGGUCUUUGAACAACCCCUGACAUAUGAUGAGAAUUUGUGGCUUGUUCUUAUCGAAGCUGUCGUGAAGAUUGCUCAACAAAUUUCUCCUCUACUAAGGCGUGGGCUGCUUGAAGACAAUAGCAAGGGAGCAAGAGAAGUCUGGCAAGUGGAAGCUGACAAAGAUGACGAGGACGCUAACCAGCCUGGCCAUCUAUCAUCAUCCUUCAGGUCACUAGUUCAGCAAGUUUUCACGUCCUUACUGACUAGCACAACAAAGGCCAGACACGCGCCACAUCAAAAGACUGAUGUGUCAUUCCUUCGCAUUCUUCGUGCAUUCCUCACUCGGGCUGCGGCGGCAUCCCCGUCACUGUCUGAGCUUCGAACUGUGAUUGGAUCCAUAUUCUCUGCGUAUACCUACGAAGAAUCCUUACUAUCCCUUGCUAAUACGAUGCUUGACAAGGACCUAUUUGUACACGUGAAUGAAAUCUCUAAGCUUCGACAAAAGGGUUGGAGACCGCGUGGUCAGGUCUGUGAGGUAUGCAGGCGGCGUGUAUGGGGCCCUGGUACCGGGGCAUACAUAUGGGAUGCCUGGGAAAAUGAGUGGGAUCAGCAACACAGACGGAGACGAAAUCAAUUCCCUGAUAGCGACAGGGAUUAUGAGAGAGACAUAAACGUCUCUUCGAGGAACAAAGGUAAAGGGAUCGCUGUUUCUUCGGCUCCUACAUCCAGCCUAACGCAGAACGAGCCCUCUUCACGGAGAGAAAAAAUGGCGGCAGUGCCUGUUGAGAACAAUGGGACAAGCGUCAGCGGAGGUGGACCGUCUCAAGCAAGCGGCGCAGCCUCUACAGGUACUACUCCGGCAGCCCCCGUGGACCUUGGUCCUCUCAUUGUGUUCGGGUGCAGGCAUUUAUAUCAUCAGUCAUGUCUUACCGAGGCUGUGGCUCAGCAAUACAGCGGCGAUAAUACUUCACCCUCGAUACCCACUGAGCCAGCCUUCCAUCGCCAUAUUCACGACCGAAUCGAACCCCGACAGUUUUCAUGUUUACUGUGUAAAUAG